AUGGGGCACCGGCUAUUGACGGGUGUGCAGUGGUUAUGUCCGAUCGGACGUAGUAUUCACCCUUCAAGACGCUACGUUAGUACCAACCCCCCGAACCCAAGAUCGACGCAUCGACCUACCCCAAUCUCAGACCCGACGACCCUGCGCCGGGACGUUCAUAGUCGGCGGCGCGGGCGUCCAUUUCCUGCCGGCGCCGGCGCGCAGGAUAAUCUCGGGGGUCAGGCCACACUGCGACUCGGUGGCGUAGGACGGGGUGUAUUUGAGGAAACAGGCCAGGACGUCGCGGGAGUGAUGCUGGUAGGCGUAGAAGAGGGGCGUCUUUCCGUCGUGGUCGCGGAUGGACGAAUUGGCGCCGCGUUGGAGCAGGAUUUCGACCGUCGCGGCGUCGGACAGCUGCGCGGCGAUGUGCAGGGCGGUCUGGCCGCGGGCGUCUGUGAGGGAGGAGUCGAGGCCGUAGGUCAGCAGGCGCUCGAGGACGGCGGCGUGGCGAUGGAGGGCCGCGAGGUGGAGGGCUGUCCGGCCGGCGGCGUCGGUGGCUGUGAGGAGGGAUGGGUUGCUGCGGUAUUCGGUGUCGAGGGUGGCCAGGUCGCCGGUGGUGGCGGCGUGGAGGAAGAGCAUGUUAGCGGUGAUGGUGGUGGUGUUGUUGAUGUCUGGAGGGAGGGGAGGAAGUGCGUAGGAGAAAGUCUGGUCGACCUUCUUGGCCCUGGCGAUCUUGGGGCUUUAUUAAGGCUGGAAGAAAGCUUGGGAAGCUUGGGUCAGCGUGGACUAGUCGGGAUUACGACUGCGAGGAUAGUUAGGUUGUUUGGCCAAUUGUCGCUGGCUUCACUAACGUCGGCGGAAAUAUCCCACGUGAGGUUGUCUCCGUCCUGGUCAUUUAACCAUGCCAUUGUUUAUCCGGAACAUGAUAUCAGCAUGUCAGUGGGACCUGGCCCGAGUUCCGCGGGCCUCGACGGCGUACCCACAGACAGAGAAUGGAUUGCGCAGACGAUUGGAGGGGGAAGGUCUUCGGAUGUGCCUGUGGUAGCCCCUGUCUACCCAUACGUGGACCGCCCAGGAGGGAGCCGGAUGGCCAGGCAUGGCAUAAGUGAGCUGCGCUACAACGCGAUGCUCGCAGGGGAGGGCGCACGUGGCGAAGUGAUUCGUCCUGCGGCGUCUGUCAGACUCUCGUGUCGAGGCGGACUAGUUGUCUGGCUGCUUUCCAUGGACCAGAUAGGCCUAGUUUCAGACGCGAUGGCGGCGAACGAAGGGUCUAGCACGGACGAGGCCUUGUUCGGGGUAAACACCGGAGAUCACGGCUGGUGCGUGCUGAAGCUAUUCCCGUUCAAGCUUAAUAUCAACCCUAAACGGUCUUGGCAGAUGGCAGGUGGGCCCCGCAGCCAGUCAGCGCAGUGA